AUGACGAACCCAUCGCCGGCGCCAGCCAAGGGGGCGUCGCUCUGGGGCAGCCAGCUGAAGCAGCUGCGCUCCCUCUUCGACCGCUUCGACAUGGACGGCGACGGCAGCCUCACCCAGCUCGAGCUGGCGGCCCUCCUCCGCUCCCUCGGCCUACGCCCCACGGGCGACGAGUCGCGCGCGCUGCUCCUCGCCAUCGACGCCGACGGCAGCGGCACCGUGGAGUUCGACGAGCUGGCGCGCGCCAUCGCGCCGGUCCUCACCGCCCACGCGCCGCGGCUCGUCGACCAGGCGCAGCUGCUCGAGGUCUUCCGCGCCUUCGACCGCGACGGCAACGGCUACAUCUCCGCCGCCGAGCUCGCGCGCUCCAUGGCCAAGCUGGGCCAGCCGCUCACCUUCGAGGAGCUGCGGACCAUGAUGCGGGACGCGGACGCGGACGGGGACGGCGUGAUUAGCUUCGGGGAGUUCGCCGCCGUCAUGGCCCGGUCCGCGCUCGACUUCCUCGGAGUCCCCGCCGCCUAA